AGCAUCCCAGGGUGCUGCAGGUGGGCUCAGGGUGCUCAGCCCAACCCAUCUCUUCCUCUUGCAGAAAUUAUGCACGAUGUGAUCCGGAAGGUGAAGAAGAAGGGAGAAUGGAAGGUGCUGGUGGUGGACCAGCUCAGCAUGCGCAUGCUGUCCUCCUGCUGCAAAAUGACCGACAUCAUGACGGAGGGCAUCACAAUUGUGGAGGACAUCAACAAGCGCCGGGAGCCGCUGCCCAGCCUGGAGGCUGUCUAUCUUAUCACACCCUCUGAGAAGUCUGUCCACUCCCUCAUCAGUGACUUCAAGGACCCCCCCACCUCCAAGUACAGAGCAGCCCAUGUCUUCUUCACCGACUCCUGCCCCGAUGCCCUGUUCAAUGAGCUGGUGAAGUCCCGUGCUGCCAAGGUCAUCAAGACCCUGACCGAGAUCAACAUUGCCUUCCUGCCCUCUGAGUCCCAGGUUUACUCCCUGGAUUCAGCAGACUCCUUCCAAAGCUUCUACAGUCCUCACAAGGCGCAGAUGAAGAACCCCAUCCUGGAGAGGCUGGCGGAGCAGAUUGCCACUCUGUGUGCCACACUGAAGGAGUACCCAGCUGUGCGGUACCGCGGGGACUACAAGGACAACGCCAUGCUGGCGCAGCUCAUCCAGGACAAGCUGGAUGCCUACAAGGCUGAUGACCCCACUAUGGGUGAGGGUCCGGACAAGGCUCGCUCCCAGCUCCUCAUCCUGGAUCGUGGCUUCGACCCCGCUUCCCCAGUGCUGCACGAGCUGACCUUUCAGGCUAUGAGCUAUGACUUGCUGCCCAUCGAGAACGAUGUCUACAAAUAUGAGACAAGUGGCAUCGGGGAGGCGCGGGUGAAGGAGGUUCUCCUGGAUGAGGAUGAUGACCUCUGGGUCUCCCUGCGCCACAAGCACAUCGCCGAGGUGUCCCAGGAAGUGACCCGGUCCCUGAAGGAGUUCUCAUCAAGCAAGAGGAUGAACACAGGCGAUAAGACCACCAUGAGGGACCUGUCCCAGAUGCUGAAGAAGAUGCCACAGUACCAGAAGGAGCUCAGCAAGUACUCCACUCACCUGCACCUGGCUGAGGACUGCAUGAAGCACUACCAGGGCACGGUGGACAAGCUGUGCCGGGUGGAACAGGACCUGGCCAUGGGCACCGAUGCUGAAGGCGAGAAGAUCAAAGAUCCCAUGAGGGCCAUUGUCCCCAUCCUGCUGGAUGGGAACGUCAGCACCUAUGACAAGAUCCGCAUCAUCCUGCUCUACAUCUUCCUGAAGAAUGGCAUCACCGAGGAGAACCUGAACAAGCUGAUCCAGCACGCCCAGAUCCCGGCUGAGGACAGCGAGAUCAUCACCAACAUGGCCCACCUCGGGGUGCCCAUCAUCACAGACUCCACCCUGCGGCGCCGGAGCAAGCCGGAGCGGAAGGAGCGGAUCAGCGAGCAGACUUACCAGCUGUCCCGGUGGACCCCUGUCAUUAAGGACAUCAUGGAGGAUGCCAUCGAGGACAAGCUGGACACCAAGCACUACCCGUACAUCUCCACCCGCUCCUCUGCCUCCUUCAGCACCACGGCUGUCAGUGCUCGCUACGGCCACUGGCACAAGAACAAGGCCCCCGGCGAGUACCGCAGCGGCCCCCGCCUCAUCAUCUUCAUCCUGGGGGGGGUGAGCAUGAACGAGAUGCGCUGCGCCUAUGAGGUGACGCAAGCCAGCGGCAAGUGGGAGGUGCUAAUAGGGUCCACGCACAUCCUCACCCCACAGAAGCUGCUGGACACGCUGAAGAAGCUCAAUAAAACAGAAGAGGAGAGCAGCAGUUAAAAGAAAAUGCCGCCAGUCCCCUCCCCAACCCCGAUGCCGACUGUACCCCCAAUGGGCACCGGCCUGGGGCACCCCCCCAUCCCAUCCCUGUCCCCAUCCCGGCCCGGCCGAGCUUUCUCUUGUUGUUGUGUUGAGCCCCCCUCCCACCCCCACCCCUCCAAAUCUCAUUUAACCACAGGGAAGAGACAACGAAUGCAAAAUUAUAAAGGGAAAAAAAAAAAACCCAAUGCAUCCCAUUUUAAAGAGGAAAAGAUAAAACCAAAACCAAAAAAAACCA